ACCACCCUAAAAUUACAAACAGGACGCGCGCACACACAGUCGGCUACUAUAUAAAUCAGUCACGAAGAGUUCUCUCACAGGACUGGAGAUACAGAGGGAGCGACGGAGAAAUCACCCUGUUCUGCUCUCCAAGCAGGCAAUCGUCCGGACCGUUCUCGAUCAAGAUUCGCCGUGUAACGAUCCCUCUCCUCUCGCUUCGAUCAUUGAAUCUGUUUUCUGUCCCGUGGUUUUUUCCUGCAGUUAUUCUGGAUAUUGACUGGACCUUGAGGAAAAUGGGAAGUAGUGGUGGCGAUGAAGGUAGGAUCUCUGGAAGUGACAUGGCUAAGUGUUCUGAAGCAACAGUUGAAAUAAAGAUAAAGACAUUGGAUUCCCACACAUACACUCUGAGAGUGGAUAAAUGUGUGUCUGUGUCUGCACUGAAAGAACAAAUCGCUACUCUUACUGGCAUGUUAUCUGAACAACAGACACUGAUAUGCCGCGGAAGAGUCUUGAAGGAUGACCAGCUCCUCUCAGCUUAUUAUGUGGAAGACGGUCACACUUUACACUUGGUUGCAAGACAGCCAGUUCUGCCAUCAUCAGGGAGCUCUCCUGAUUGCCCAGCUUCAAGUCUUCGCCAGCAAGGCAAUAAUGCAGGUGCUAGAGUAGUUAUUGGAGCCUUUAAUCUAUCUGAACAAGGUGGCAGAAUUCCUUCAGGUCUCAGUCGGUUUAUCUCAGCCAUUCUUGAUUUCAAUGGAAUCACAAAUAUUGGCAGUGGCAAUGAAGGGGCUGAUGCUAUCAGGGAUGCUUCUGCAGAAAGCUUUUCAAGGAUUCAUGCUGGUAGCUUAAGAAAUUCUGGCAGACAAGGCAAUUCAACAAGAAGGGGUCAAUCUAUUCCCUCUAGCAAUGUUUCGCCAUCCCUGACUUCUGUUCCUUCUGAACCUCUGCAGCUGCCUGUUAUCCCUGAUUCUUUGUCAACUCUGUCCCAGUAUUUGACUCGUAUAAGGCGUGAAUUUAGAGCAAAUGUUGGAGGUGAGAAUGGUAAUUCCCAAGCUGCUGGCACACAAGGGAAUGAUGGACAAGAAUCUGCUGCUGCUGGACAGGCAGGGCUCCCAACACCAUCAUUCUUGGCCGAUGUGGUGCUGUCUACUAGACAAAUACUCACUGAACAGGCAGCAGAUUGCUUAUCUGAACUUAGCAGGCAACUAGAGAAUCAGGCUAAUGUGAUUGAUCCUCUGGCAAGAACCAACAUUCAAUCCAAUGCUAUAAGAUCUGGCAUCCUUUUGCAAAAUUUAGGUGCUCUGCUACUCGAGCUUGGUCGGACAACCAUGACACUCCGAAUGGGCCAAUCACCUGCUGACACUAUUGUUAAUGCUGGUCCUCCUGUGUUUGUAUCCAUGUCUGGUCCCAAUCCUAUUAUGGUUCAGCCACUUCCUUAUCAACUUGAAACAAACUUUGGGGCAAUUCCUAUUGGGACUGUACAACAUGGCUUUGGAUUGUCUAGAGGAUCUCUUGGCUCUGGUUUCCUUCCCAGAAAUGUCGACAUCAGUGUACACUCAGGUCCCUUGAUGCGUCCACCUUCCGCUAACCAAAGGGAACCAAGUGGUGGGCAGCAGUCUCCAGUGCGAAGCAGCCAAUUGACUUCUGGUAGUAGAAAUUCAAGUCAUCAGGCCACUCCAGGAGCCUCUGGAAGUCCAUCUUUGACCAGAGAGUAUGAAGUCCGCGCACUUCCUAUCGGGACUGUGGUUACAGCAAUACCUGCUUCUCUCAGGCAACCUCCUGCUGACUUGCCUCGAGGUUCAAUGGGCUUGGUCUAUCCAGUUCUUGCAAGAUCUCAAGGUGCUGCUUCUGGAAAUCUGAACAAUGGAAGGGAUCCUCACACGUCCGAUGGACCUCGCGCUGGUGGUCUCGAGCUGGGGCAACAACCUACUGCAGGGUUGCGGCAAAAUGUUGGAGCAGAUGUUCGUGAUGGAUCGGGUCAAGUUACUCCCGCAACUUCAGAGGCUUCGCCAAGAGUGAGUGAUCAAGGGCUGUUCUUUUCCAAUUUACUGCGUGAGAUCAUACCCGCUAUAUCUGAGAUUGCAUCAGGGGGGUCAGCUAGUACAUCAUCAGAUGGAGAAGUUGAGACGGAGGAUAUAGCAACACAAGCUGAAGAAAACGCAGAUGGAGAGGCCUCAGCAAGGCAGCGUCGCGACCCACAAUGUCCAUCAAGCUCAAAACGUCAAAGGAGGGAGUGAGAUUUUCCCAAACACAAGACUUUGGAGCUUGGGUUUGACAUGUGAAGCUUGUAACUGACUGGUUAAGAACAACAAUCUGUUGUACUUUUGUAGGCUUCAAGAUUGUACCAUUUUGGUAUAGGAAUUUUUGUUCAUUCCAGUGAAUUUAUCCAUAACUUUUCAAUAUUGGAACUAUUUCCCUUUUUGAUCCUUUGAAUAUUCGAGUGAAUUUGUCCACAAUUUUUGUUAUUGGGAUAA